CACUUUCCUUCAAAGAAAAGAAAACUUUCAUAAUUUUUCUGUCCUAAACUUGAGCGUUUUAUUAGAACCAAAUUACCUAUUUAUUCAUUUGUCUGUCCACCAUUUCAAGAAUAAUUACAGCAAACAUUAGAAUUUACGGGCAUAAGUAUAUUUUUAUAUGCUGCAAUACAUCAAAUAUACUUGUUUGCGUCAGAAAAAUUUACGCUACGGUAUACCCUACGUGCCUUCCGCCAUCAGUUUUAUGAUCCUUCUCUGUUCUGUCUCCCGAAUUAUUACGGAUGCGUCGCACUAAACGCAGAAAUGACACCACGCCGCAGGGGAGAUAAAUAAUUACGCGGGCGGCGGAAAACAUGAAGAAGAAUGAGCGAGAAUGCGUUGCCAGCAUACGAGCUUUGGAUUUAGUCCCGUAUCGUCGUAAUAGACCGCGUUCCAUUAUUUGGGGAGUUAGACAGAGAGGGAAAGAGAUUCUGUCGCCCGAUCCGCAUAUACCUCGUAGUGAUAACGCCAAUGCUAUACAAUACUGGACAAUGUGGUGAGUCUCUGGCGUACCCGACUGUUCUUUUCUUUCGGUACGCGGCGCCUCGCCCUCGUGCUUAAUCCGCACCCUGAAGAUCAAUCCGCCUGGCACAAUAUCGUAAGGUUUCGUCGAAUCGCACGCGUAGAUGUGACCAUUACACAGUAUACGUCUAGCGUCUCUCGCGUGAGCAUGUUGGCAUCGACAUGAAAAAGCAUAACGCACGAUCCAUUUUUGGUGAACUCUACACAUAACGGAGUGAGUGUUGGUAGUAAAGGGAAUAAGUAUUGCGUUAUGCACUGCAGAAGGGAAAUCGCUUUCGCACUAAACCAAAAUUAAAACAAGACAUUCGAUGAUUCGAAAACAUUCCGCAUAGUUUCAAUUCCAGAAUUAUGGAGCUUAGAUAAGAACAUUUCUAAUUUUAAGGGAGAAAAAAAUAUUUUAAGUGAGAAGAAGACGUUUUAUGUGAUUUCAACAGCUUCAGCAGUUUGUAAAUACCGUCUCGAGAAUACAUUAGAGAAAAAUGGAUCCAUCGGAAUCUCAGCAGGAUCUAUUAUCGAACGAGGCAAGACCACCUUCGGCGCAAUCGUUACAGGCGCCCGUUGACUACGUUCUUGGCCCAGUCGAGAAGCAUUUCCUGCUUAGCGCAGAACGAGGUGAUUGUGCCACUGUCAAAAGGUUAAUCGAGGAGAAUCGAGAUCACCCAGAGAUAUUAAAUAUCAAUUGCGUCGAUCCGUUAAACAGGUCGGCGCUGACAGCCGCUAUUGAAAAUGAAAAUAUCGACCUUAUCAAGCUGCUGCUCGAAUUGGGAAUUGAAGUGAAGGAUGCACUUUUGCAUGCCAUUAAAGAGGAGUAUGUGGAGGCGGUGGAAGUCCUACUGGAGUGGGAGGAAAGAAUACACAAGCCGGGGCAAACUUACAGUUGGGAGGCUGCAGACUCGUCAUCGAACUUUACGUCUGAUAUAACUCCGUUGACUUUAGCAGCUCAUAAAAAUAAUUACGAAAUAUUGAAACUGCUCUUGGAUCGUGGUGCAACUCUUCCAACACCUCACGAUGCAAGAUGCGGUUGCGACGAAUGUGUCACUUCUAGCGAACAGGACUCCCUCCGACACUCGCAAUCUCGAAUAAAUGCAUACCGAGCGCUCACUUCGUCAUCUCUAAUCGCGCUUUCAUCGAGAGACCCACUUUUGACGGCCUUCGAGCUUUCAUGGGAAUUGCGUCGUCUGAGCAGGAUGGAGCAAGAAUUUCGCUCCCAAUACAACGAGAUGCGGGAACAAACACAGCAAUUUGCAACCGGCUUGCUGGACCACGCGCGUACAUCUUACGAAUUGGAAGUAAUGUUAAACUACAAUCCUACUGGCGAGAAUUGGGAUCCUGGGGAGAGGCAGACCUUGGACCGACUCAAGCUAGCUAUUAAAUAUAAGCAGAAACAAUUUGUCGCUCAUCCGAACGUGCAACAAUUACUGGCUGCUAUCUGGUAUGAUGGUCUUCCGGGAUUCAGAAGGAAAAGCAUGAUAGCGCAGUUAAUGGAAGUUGCCAAACUUGGCGCGAUGUUUCCAGUUUAUAGUUCUAUCUAUAUGAUGGCCCCCACCUCACAAAUGGGAUUGUUUAUGAAAAAGCCGUUCGUCAAGUUCAUAUGUCAUUCUGCAUCGUACGCUUUUUUUCUAAUGCUGCUCGGCAUGGCGUCGCAAAGAAUUGAAUAUCUAUUAAUCGAAUUAUUUGGCAACGCAUGGAUGCGAGAGAUACUUGCCGGUUGGAAAAGACGGGAACGCGGGUGUAUUCCGGGUUUUGUCGAGACAGGCGUGGUUAUCUACGUGAUAAGUUUAAUCAUCGGCGAAAUUAAGUCUUUAUGGGCAGAUGGAUUAAUUGAAUACAUAUCGGAUCUGUGGAAUAUCGUUGAUUUCAUUCAAAAUACAUUUUAUGUGAUCUGGAUAAGUUUGCGCGUUACAGCUUGGUGGAUUGUACAGAGAGAAUAUUGGAGUGGUUUAGAUCCUUGGUAUCCAAGAGAUCAAUGGCACGCGUUCGACCCAAUGCUGCUUUCAGAGGGAGCGUUCGCAGCUGGCAUGAUAUUUAGUUUUUUAAAACUUGUCCAUAUAUUCAGCGUGAAUCCUCAUCUCGGCCCGCUCCAAAUUUCCCUCGGGAGGAUGAUAAUAGACAUUAUCAAGUUCUUUUUUAUCUACACACUGGUGCUGUUCGCCUUUGGCUGCGGCAUGAAUCAGUUGAUGUGGUAUUAUGCAGACUUGGAGAAGAGAAAAUGUUAUCACGAGUCAGACGAAUUGCCAGAUUUCGAUAAUCAGGAGAAAGCCUGCUCCAUAUGGAGAAGAUUCGCCAAUUUGUUCGAGACAUCGCAAUCUCUCUUCUGGGCAAGUUUCGGCAUGGUCGAUUUAAUGUCAUUCGACCUGACGGGCAUUAAGAGCUUUACUCGAUUCUGGGCACUUCUGAUGUUUGGUUCUUACUCCGUGAUAAACGUCAUUGUGCUGUUGAAUAUGCUGAUUGCUAUGAUGUCUAAUUCUUAUCAAAUCAUUUCGGAAAGAUCUGACACAGAAUGGAAAUUCGCCAGGAGUCACUUAUGGAUGAGUUAUUUCGAGGAUGGCGAUACUGUACCACCCCCAUUUAACAUGAUCCCGACGAAUAAAACUUUCCAGAAGCUAUUUAAAUGUGGAGGCGGCGGUCGUUCCACAAAAUCCUUUAUAAAAAAGUCACGAGAGAAAGCUCUGGCCAGACACGAUACUAUAGUGCGUCUACUUAUACGUCGUUACGUGACAGCUGAACAAACAAAACGAGACGAGUUCGGUAUCACAGAGGACGAUGUCAGGGAAAUUCGCCAGGACAUUUCAAGUUUUCGUUACGAUCUGAUCGAUAUUCUUAGGAAAAACGGAAUGUGCACACCGGCGCUUGACAAAGAGGAUGCAAACAUACCCGGCAAAAAAGGUAGAGUGAUGGAGCGUCGACUUCAGAAGGAUUUCCAGAUUGGUAUCGUGGAAGGCAUCGUGCAAGCUGUUAUUCAGAGUGAGAAGGAGCCGAAAGACGUGUUCAGUCAAAUUGCAAAGGCGAUAGGACGGAAAGGUAGCGGUUCUGUUAAAAAGGACUGGAACGCCGUGGUGAGACAGAGCACCAUCGCGAAGGAUCCUAUUGGGAGUACGAACGAAGCGGUGCAACGUCAAAGCCGGCGUAGUCUACGUCGCCAGCUGCGACACCAGCCGGACUCCGACCUGGCAUCCAUGGAUCCGAAAAGAUUGAUCGACUAUAAUCCAAACCUCUCGGACUUUACGCCGGCCACUAGAAUAGCCUACGCCAAGUUUAUGCUGAGCAAGAAAAAGCCGGACCAGCAGCCGGACGAGCAGCCCGACGAUACAAAUAAUACCACACAAAAGACUGAGGAGAUGCCUCGAAGAAGCAGCAAAGUUAUGAUAGCAGAAACUUCUAUAGACAUAGUACCACGACCUGCCAGCGAAAUAUUAAAAAAAAGUCUACUAAAGUCUAUGAGCAGCAGUGUGGAUAAGUCGUUACUGGAUGUUAAGACCACCGAAGUAAGAUCGCCGUCGCCUAUACCUGAGGAUCUUGUAGGAGAAGAAAUCAGCAAACAGUCAGAAUCAUUAGCAAUGUCCGAUCAAGAGAAAACAGUGGAAGAAAAGGAAAAUGUGCAAGAAAAGCAAGAAAAAGAUGAGGAAGCAAGCAAGAAAGGGGCGUUAGAAGAGCAGAAAGAAGAAGAGAGGGCAGAGGAUGCAAAGUCUGAGAAAUCGGGAAAUACAGAGAGGAAUGACGGCGAUAACACCGAGCAGGAAACCUCGGAAACAAAUAAGGAAACUGAUGCAGAAAAAUGCGCUGAAUCCGACGCGAAAGAACGGAAAUCCGAAGUAGUACCGGUUCAAACUACAAAAUUGCGGGGAAAGUCAAAAGCGACAGGUCGAGUAAUGGGAGGUUGGAUUUAAUUUUAAAAUUACUUAAUAAAUAAUUAAAAUUAUUAAUUAAAAUUAUUUACGCGCGUUAUGUUCAUUUAAAUAUUUAAAUUAAAAUAUCUUAUUAAAU